AUGAGAUUCCACUGGCAGCGCCGUUGCUUGCGUAUCUUUCUUAUCGGCACCGGUAACUACAAGACCAUACCUCUAAAGGAUAUCUAUUCCCCAUCGCUCCUUCCGUCCCUCCACCGAGACCUUCAUGUCAAGGUUGGUGAUGCACUUGGCAUUGAUGUUGGAUUGGACGACUUCGACCAAGACCCCAUAGCCGAAGGUGAUGCUAAUCAAGUCCAGGAGAACGGUGCAGACAGUAUCGGAAGCAUUGAAGGCAGCAUAAAUAGAGCAGAGGCUGGAGAUGAUGGACCCGAUGUCGAUGUUAACCAUGAUGGAGAUGAGGAGGAGGACGGCCUGGAAGGAAAUGUGUCUGGCACGGCGGAAACGUAUGAACUCGACCCCAAUGAUUCGGGAUUUGGUGGCCAUGGAAAGUGCACUAUCUUCAUGUCAACCAAAUUUUGGAGGUUUGUGGAUGCCUCGCUCGAGGGCGUUCGCAAAAUGGGAAAGGCAGAGGCAGAGGAACUCAAUGACGGAACACCGGUUGAGAAUAUCAUCAGAAACAUCUUGGUCGAAUAUUUCCAGCAGGACCUCGCUGAAUUCCCGGGGAAGAGGACCGUUCUGAAGCUGCUUUCCAGCACCAAUCCCCAGUGGCAGACGAAAAUUCAGACCGAUCUACUUUGGUAG